AUGUUGUACCAAAACCGAAUCUUAAUGAUUGCAUUGUUCAUUGUACAACUAGUCAUCGUCCCAAUCCAAGCGUUACCCUCGAGUCAACCGCCCUCCAGUGGAACCAACUACUCGGACUUAGACGAUAAGGCACCGUCACAUGAUGCUCACCAAGCCUCUACCUAUGGCCCAACAAAAGGAAAACUCAGAGAGGAAAGUUCGCAUCGAGGUGAUGCUACUUACUACUCUCCUGGAUUGGGCUCGUGUGGACAGCAGAGCGGUAAUCAGGAUCUCAUUGUAGCAAUCUCACACACCCUCUAUGACAGUUAUGAAGGGGUUAAUCAGGAUGCCAAUUCUCUCUGCGGAAAAAGUAUCCGAGCAUCUUAUGGCCCAAACUCUAUAGUCGUCAGCGUUGUUGACCGUUGUGAAGGCUGCAGUCCCAACGAUUUGGACCUUUCACCGGCCGCGUUUCGAAGAUUGAGUCCACUUAACACCGGCAGACUACAUGGAAUCAGGUGGACCUUCGCCUAA